AUCUGUCAAAAAGGCCAAUAUGUGUACCGAAUCAUUUGCUAUUUACCCAUGUUCUCACAAACGGUCAACAUGGGAGUAUUGUAGCAAGGCAAAGGCUAAAAACAUCCUUAAGCGAGGGCCACCUAUUCCUUGCGACGGGCACAAGAGUACACAAAUCCCACCCGACCUUGAGGAGAGUUGUGGUUUGAUGUGUCUGGCCAGACCAUUCCAGUGUAGUAACUGCGGUGCCUCCAAACAAGUCGGAUGGAUCUGCUCACGGUGUAAGUGUAUGCGAGACCCCGACACGAAAGUGUUCAUUGAGUGCGGGUGUCGCAAGCACAACUGCCUCAAGCUUACUCAUGGAAAGCUUGGUAGUGCACUCUGUAAUACGUGCCAAAGGGAAUGUGAUCCGGUCUCGCAGGCAGAUUCUUAUCUACAGCCUCGUAGGACCAUGCCAAUACUCCACUGGCGUUGCCAUAAGUGCUUUCACAUGCUUUCCACACCUGGUACCGCUAUGAAAUGCGAUGGACCUCGUGGUUGCGGGCAUCGCCGAUGUGGUCAUUGUAGCCCGCUGUUCCAGUGCAGCUGUAAGUGCGGUUGUACGUAUCAUUUUGUCAAAGGGGGUGUCAAACCAUGCGAUUUAUGUAUUAAAUGCUGUCUCACCAAGGAAAAUUAACGUAAACCGCGUAGAUCCCUAGAGUAGAUCCACGGUGUAGGAUGGAAUGACUACGUGCUUCCCAGCCUUAGAACAUCAUAUAGUCCCAGGCCACCUUGACAACAUUCGCUAAGUUGGCUCCUGGCAGGGAGUCAGGAAAAGAAUCGACUAUCUUGAGAAUAGCCUUAGGCUAACGUUUGCCACUGAUAAUUCUGACACACGUACUCCUAACCGUUUACUGAGAUGAGUCGUGUCUCUCCAAAAGAUGUUGAAGACAAUAUCAUUCGACUAUCACGGGCGGCUCCAAUAGUAGAUCCCUGUAUAUUAGUGGAAGACACAAAAUACCUAGUCGCACAUCUAGAUAAGGCGU